GAGAGGCAAUGUCUGAGGAAGAAUGUGUAGUUUGAGGGCUGAGGUGGUGGUUUGGUUGAAUAAAUUUCUAUAAAGUCAAAAGGAUCGGGCAUGCUGCAAAUGGCAAUUAAUAAAACAAGCUGUCCAUUUCCUCGCAAAAUAGUCAACACUUUUUUCAUUUCAUGCCGCUUACAAAUCUCGACUCGAUCCUUAUUUUCUCCCGACGACUUUGCGCCAUGAAAAACCCAACCCACCCAGUGACUCAACCUUCUGCAGCUCACUUCCUUCUUUUAUUAUUUUCGAUUCUCUUCGCAUUUGCGUGUCUACGAACUGAAGCCAUUGUGCAGGAGCUCCUCGAGGGAUUUAAAGCAACCCCAGAUCUUUCAGUCUCGUCAUUUCAAGCUCUUCUCAGCGAUUCAACCGCCACUUUCGCACUCGGUUUCCUCCGAGUCAACUCAAAAGAACUCGCUCUCGCUAUCCUUCACAUGCCCUCUUCAGAACAACUCUGGCUCGCCAACCCGAAUCAGUUGGCGCCGUGGUCAGACCGAACUCAACUUGUCUUCAAUGGUAGUCUUGUAAUAUCUGGUCCAAAUGGAGGGGUAAUUUGGUCGACUGGAACUCAAGGCCACAGAGUUGUACUUCUUAAUUCAUCCAAUUUGCAAGUACAGAAGCUCGACGAAUCCUCCUCCAUUCUCUGGCAAAGUUUUGAAAGUCCCACAAAUACCCUUGUAGAAAACCAAAAUUUCACAAGCAACAUGUCACUUGUUUCUGCGAACGGGCUCUAUUCUAUGCGUUUAGGCAGCAACUUCAUCGGUUUAUACGCGAAGUUUAAUGAAAAAUCGGAUUCAGAGCAGAUUUAUUAUAGACACAAAGCAAUGGAAGCUAAGGCAAAUAUAAUCGAAGGACAGGGACCGAUUUACGCCAGGGUCAACUCGGACCGGUUUCUGGGUAUGUAUCAAGUUGGUACAGUUCCUCCGGUAGACAUGCAAACCUUUAACAGUUUUCAAAGAAAUAUAACGGGAUUCGUCUUCCUCCGGUUAGAACCGGACGGAAAUCUUAAAGCUUAUUAUUGGAAUGGGUCGAAAUCGAUAUUGGAUUACCAAGCCAUCUCUGACACGUGUGAGUUGCCGAGUCCAUGCGGUUCGUACGGUUUGUGUAGAGACAGGUCCGGUUGCUCUUGUAUUGAUAACCGGACGGAUUAUUCCUCCGGUUCGUGCCUUGCAUCAACGAGUUCCGGUGAUUUUUGCGGUGAGGGUGAAGAUGAGUACUGGGUUUUGAGAAGAAACGGUGUGGAUUUACCGUUUAAGAAGCUGAUGAGGUACGAAAUGACGUCGUAUUUGGAGCAAUGUGAGGAAUUAUGUGAGAACAACUGUAGUUGUUGGGGUACGGUGUAUAAUAACGGGUCCGGAUUUUGUUACAUUUUGGAUUAUCCGAUCCAGACGCUGCUGGGUGUGGGUGAUGAAAGUAAGAUGGGUUAUUUUAAGGUGAGGGAGGGUGCAGGGAAGAAGAAAAUUGAUGUGGGUCUUGGGGUUGGGAUCGGGUUGGUAUGUGGGGCCAUAGUUGUUUUGAUUGGGGCGAUUUCAUUUGGAAGCUACAAGAUGUGGAUAAAGAAAAGAGGGGUUAGACGGAUCUUGGAAGAUGAGGAUGAGAUCUUACCCGGUCCGUAUAAGGAUCUCGGGUCGGGUAGUUUUAAGUCCAUUGAGAUGGUUAACACUAGAUAGUUUCAAAUUAGUUUAUUUAAUAGUGCAAAUUUUGUCCUGCCUUUUCUACCGUUGGAUUAAAAUAUAGAGAAAUUUUGAAUGGCUUGAUAUUUUAUGAAAAAUUUUUUUUUAGACAAUUCGUUGAAACUUUUUGGGCAUAGAUAAGAGUGUUACAGAUUAAUUCACUUCGAGUGAAUCUCAUAUAAUUUAUAAAUAGUAUAGUUGCCUCAUUACAAUUAACAUCCCAUGCAAGAUGGUAGUUAGAUAUAAAUAAGAACUUUGGGGAGAUCAUAAGAUAUUUGUAUUAUAGGGGUGUAAAUUGAAUAAUCACUUGUAACUAGGCUUAUGUUAAUAAAUAUUGAGUCAAGUUUGAGUUUGAA